UGAACACAUAUAGAAAACCUAUGGAUUAGAUUCAUAGUACAAAAUAGCUUGUCCUUUGCCAAACGUGCUUGAAAAGAUCUAAAAAUGAGUGAGCAAGAUGCUAUUGAUACACAGGAAAAGGAACUUCGUGAAAUGAAAGAGCGUGUUGCAGAAAUGGAAGCAGAAGCUGCAAAGCUUCGAGCUAUGCAGGAACAACUUGAUGGUGAAAGUGAAGCAUUGCGAAAUGAUCGUGAAUCCAUCGAUGCUCAGAGUGUUUACGUUGGAAACGUUGAUUACAGUGUUACCCCAGAAGAAUUGCAAAGUCAUUUUGGCAGCUGUGGCUCUAUAAAUCGUGUCACGAUCCUUUGUGAUAAGUUUACAGGACAUCCAAAAGGCUUUGCUUAUGUUGAAUUUUCUGAACCUAGCUUGAUACCGAAUGCUCUAUUAUUAAAUGGAUCUAUGCUUCAUGAACGCCCUUUAAAAGUGACCCCGAAGCGUACUAAUAUACCUGGAAUGGCCCGCGGACGUGGUAGAGGUCGUGGACGUGGUCGCGGACGUGGUGGCUAUCGUGGACGAGCCCGUGGUUUUGCACCAUACUAAGAGUGUUCUUUUCAACUUUUUUGUAUUCAAGAAGAAAAAAACAGGAUAGCAAAAGGUUUACAAUCUUUUCCAAUAUUCCUACUUCAAACAAUUCUCAUUCCCAUAUUCAUAUCUUUCGGCAUGGAACAUAUCAUUAUGAACAUAAAUUUUUUUAUGGAUUGCUUUCGUUAUUACAAGAUACUAGGCGAUGCAAAGUCAAUCCUCGGAUGAAGAAGGCCCGAUUGUCCUUUUUUCGUUGAACAAGACAAGUUGUAUUUAUACGUUAUAUGAACAUACAUAUACCAUACCUACUAUACUAUACUAUACUAUACGGGUUGUAUACAAUAACAUUAUAGAAGAAACAAUGAUUGCUACACUGAAGCACAAAGAAAAGUGACAUGCUAGCAUAUAAUCCAUUAGGAAAAAUUCGUCUAGCUUGUUUUACUUCUGUACGUAGGUAGAAUUAUCACAGUAUGUUCUGAUUUGUAUAUGGAAUCGUUAUCGAGAAGCUGAAAAUAUCAUGAACGAAUCCAUCAAUGAUACCACAAAGGAAAAAGAAUAAUAUUAGAAACUCGU